AUGAAGCGGCGCCAGGUGCCAACGACAAGCAAGCAGCAAGCAAAAAACCACGCGCGACGGGAGGCCACGGGUACGGCAGCUGGCUUGAUCGAUGUUGUCGGUGUUGCAUCCAUCAAUCCGGCCAUGUUCGUCGCCAUCGCCUUCGUCUUCAUCAGGCACUCUCUCCAUGCCACAGCGCCUCAGGCCGAUCCGGAAAUCCCCACAUCACGGCAAAUGUAG